UCAUUUUGUGCAAAAUUUGUGAUGAGUGUCAGUGUGAUAGUGUAGAAACACGUUAUCAUUAUUUUUAUAAUGUUUUUUUCACCGAUUUAAACCCAAACACUAUAAUUUGCAACUAAUUUAGUGUUAGUGUUCCUAUUUAAGAUUUAGUAUAACGUAAGAAUGUGGUCAUCUCAACCUGUUAAUAAUGGUACACAAAAUAAUAAAGAAAAUGUUACACAAAAAAAUGACACUAAAAUACCUACUCUGGGUAUGACCUCAGCUAUAUCCACAGCUCCCCCUAAACCAUCUGAUCUUUUAAAGACCCAGGAAUUGGAAGAAGCACUAAAACCAUUCGAUGUUUUUGAAACUGAGCAAGAGUUGAAUCAUCGAAUGGUUAUUUUAGGUAAAUUGUACUCUCUAGUGAAACAGUGGAUCAAAGAUGUUUCAAUAUCGAAAAACAUGCCAGAAUCCGUGGCUGAAAAUGUGGGAGGGAAAAUAUACACGUUUGGCAGUUACAGAUUAGGGGUGCAUAAUAGGGGAGCUGACAUUGAUGCACUUUGUGUAGCCCCGAGACAUAUUUACCGAAACGAUUUCUUUGGUUCCUUUUAUGAAUUACUUAAAAAACACCCCGAAGUCACUGAUUUACGGGCCGUGGAAGAAGCCUUUGUUCCAGUCAUAAAAAUGAAUUUUGAUGGCAUAGAAAUAGACAUGUUGUUUGCUAGAUUAAUGCUUAAGGAAAUCCCAGAUUCGAUGGAUCUCCGCGAUGACCUUCUUUUGAAAAACUUGGACCAGAAAUGUGUUCGAAGUUUGAAUGGUUGCAGAGUAACAGACGAGAUUCUCCGUCUCGUCCCCAAUAUAGAUAAUUUUAGAUUAGCACUUAGAGCAAUUAAAUUAUGGGCCAAAAGACAUGGGAUUUAUAGUAACGCUUUGGGGUACUUGGGUGGUGUUUCAUGGGCGAUGCUAGUUGCACGAACGUGUCAAUUGUACCCAAAUGCAGCUCCAGCGACUCUAGUUCAUAAAUUUUUUCUUGUUUUUUCUCAGUGGAAAUGGCCGCAGCCAGUAUUACUCAAGCAGCCUUCGAAUGUCAAUCUGGGCUUCUCCGUCUGGGAUCCAAGGGUAAACAUUCAAGACAGAUAUCAUUUGAUGCCAAUCAUAACCCCAGCCUACCCCCAACAAAACUCCACAUUUAAUGUAUCAGGAUCGACACGACAAAUAAUAAUAGAAGAGUUCAAAUUGGGUCUGCAACUCACCGAUGAUAUAAUGCUAAGCAAACAAACAUGGGAUAAACUUUUUGAACCACCGUUAUUUUUCAUGAAAUAUAAACAUUUUAUUGUUUUAUUAGUUAGCGCUGAAUCGCCUGAAGAUCAUCUAGAAUGGUGUGGUUUAGUGGAAAGCAAAUUUCGCUUGCUCAUAGGAACAUUGGAAAGGAACCAGCACAUAACAUUGGCCCACAUAAACCCGGAAAGUUUCAGUCUUUUAGAGUCGCAACGCGAGCCCAACACCCAAUGCUCAAUGUGGUUUAUAGGUUUGGAAUUUGCAAAAUCGGAGAAUUUAAACGUGAAUCUCACCUACGACAUUCAACAAUUCACUGAAACAGUCCAAAAUCACGCUUUAAAUAUCAGUAUGCUGAAAGAGGGCAUGAAAUUGGAAGCCCGUCACGUGAAACGUAAACAAUUGUAUCAAUACCUCUCGCCGAGUUUAUUAAAACGCGAGCGCAAAACGAGUGUUAAAACUAACGGAACGGAGAGCAAAAAGCGUCUCUCGGAUCCUGGAAACAGCGACGAGAAUCCCAAUAAAAAAAUGCGGUUAUCGGAGGAAAUGCAUUCGACGUACGACGAUAGUUCGAAUAAUUCGACUAGUUUGAAUUGCAACGAGGAUUCAAACAGUAAUAUUAGCCUAACGGAGGAAGGUCAUAACGGUUCCCAAAGCGCCCCCUCACACACAUCCAAGGAAGCUGUUUGUACCUGAUCCUUGUAUAUAAAACGUAAGAGUUGCAUUGUUUUUGUGUUGGAAUAAAUUGAAAAGGAGAAGGAUAACUGGGAAUGUUAGUUUAUUUUUAGGUCGAGUCACGUAUCUACAACCACUCUCGAUCACGUACGUAUAAAUAAAUAGUUGAAAAUCAGUGAUGGUAAAAUAUUAUCGCAAACGUGCAAUGUUCGUAUUUUAGCUUCUGUGUAUGUGUGGUUAGCGUGAAUGUGUCUGUAAAUAGUUUAUACAUAAAUAAAAAACGAAAAAACAACAACAUUUACUUUAUUCGUAGUUGUUUCACUCGAUAGUUUUUGCGGUAAUAUUUUACGUAAUAUAGUUUCGAAAAGAAUUUUAAGCAGUUCUUAUUGUGGUUAUUUUAUUUUUGAUAAAAGAAGCUGUCAUAUUUUAACGAAACGUAUUGUAUUAUUUUUACAUUAAUAUUAUGUAUAGAAGUGUUUCAGUUUAUUAUUUUUUCGAUAUUCUUUGCCAAAUUCUUUUAUAAAAUAGGGGGUUUACAAUGCUGUUUAAAGUUCUUUCAAGAAGGAUGUCUUAAUUUAGGAAUUACUGUUGCAAGUAUAAAACCUGACAUGUAAACAAUGAAAAAUAAAGAAGCAUUUCCCCUCAA